GAUACGGCCUCGUAAAGUGUCCUGCUUCACCGAUGCAGAAGAAACCAAAGACGGCGAGAGGAAAACCGGCGAUCGAACGCCGGAGAAGGAAGCAAUGCUUGGGCUCUCUUACGGCGAGAUUUUAAUCAUCAUCGGCGCCACUGCUGCUGUUGUAGGGCCGAAGGAUCUUCCGAUUAUCGCUAGAACAGGAGGAAGAUUGUUCGGACGAGCUAUAGGCUACAUUCAAAUGGCUCGUGGUCACAUAGAUGGCGUCAUGAAGCAACCUCAAAUGCAAGAGAUUUCGAAAGAAGUUCAAGAUUUGAGAGCACAAGUGGAUGCUAUUAGCCAUGGAGCAAGUUUCUCUCUGUUCAAUUCAAGUCCUUUGACUCGAAGAGUGGAGAACCAUUCUCCAGAAUCUAAUCCAAGCACCAAUAAUGGGAAUGUUACAUCUGUCAACAAUGUUGAAGAAAGACAGAAGAAGAGUGCAGAUCAUUGGACAAAGGCUCAAGAAUUUAGUGGCUUGUCUUCGGUUAAUCUACACGCCCAAGCAACAACAUUUGAAAGAUUAUCUAAGACUGUUAGUGGCAAAACUCACACUCUAAGCAGCGAUUCAAGUCUCUCACAUGUUCUUCCAGUUUCAGCUAAAAUGGCAAAGUUGCUCCCUCAUCGCAAAGAGUGUGCAAGAGGAUCUGAUUUGAUGCUGGAGGCAGUUCUUGAAGCCGAAGUAGCACACAAAGCCAAGCUUUUUUUUGCACAAGCCGAAAAAGAAAACCCAUCUUUAAAAGGGAAGCUUAUGGGUGACGUUGACGAGAAAGGAGAAAGUUGAAAGUCUCAAGUUUUUGGGAUCACUAGAAAGCUCCAAAAUGCUGAUAUGUCUUCACCAGGAGAGACAUUUGUGUCUUUGUUGUAUUGAUUGAUCAUCAUAAGACACAGGACAUGGUCAUUGUACAUAACGUGAGUGAGGAUUGACAAUUCUAAAUUGUGGGCCUUGUUGUCUGUAUGGGCUUGUAUGCUAAAUGGGCCGAGAGCUUGACCUCUGUCUCCCGUUGCGGCCUCGAGUGGUUUGUUUGAGCUUGAAAUAAGUUCACUAAUUUUAUCUUAUACAUAAUCAAUCCUCUUGCCGCUGUGUAUGGGAUUCAAGAAUAUAGUUUUACUAAAAUUUUGUAUUUGUUAUGAAUUAUUAUGUGAUGUCCAUUAUAAGCCCAUAAGGCAUACCUUCUAGAAAGUUCCAG